UCUUCAUGUGACCGUCAACUGCAGUAUUGGCCGCUUAAAAAUAAAUGUUAGGGCAUAUUUAAUAAGUACAUUUAAAAAUAUCAACAGCUUCUCUGAGUUCUCUUGCAUUUGCAGACUGCGAUUUUUUUGCGUAAGGGCAAGGAGGUCGGGGUUUUGAAUCGCGUCGUCGUGAUGGCAGAGGAGAAGCCCAAGACGCCCAAAGUAUGGAACACAGUGAAGCCAUUUGUCAAUGGCGGAGCCUCUGGUAUGCUCGCCACGUGUGUAAUCCAGCCUGUGGACAUGAUCAAGGUACGCAUUCAGCUGGGUCAGGGUUCAGGCUACCGGGUGGCAAAGAACAUGCUUGCUCAAGAGGGCGUUGGUGCCUUUUACCAGGGGCUAUCUGCAGGUCUUUUACGGCAAGCCACUUAUACGACUGCACGUCUUGGAUCUUUUAGGAUAUUGACAAACAAAGCAACUGCUGCCAAUGAUGGGAAACCACUACCACUUUAUCAGAAGGCCUUAUGUGGAUUAACAGCAGGAGCCAUUGGAGCAUGUUUUGGAAGUCCUGCAGAUUUGGCUCUUAUUCGCAUGCAAGCAGAUGCAACUUUGCCAGAGGCCCAGCGUCGGCAUUACAAAAAUGCAUUCCAUGCACUUUAUCGUAUUGUAUCUGAUGAAGGGGUUCUAGCCCUUUGGAAAGGAGCAGGUCCAACUGUGGUUAGAGCAAUGGCCCUGAAUAUGGGAAUGCUUGCUUCUUAUGAUCAGAGUGUUGAGUUCUGCAAAGACACACUUGGCUUGUCCGAAGGCGCAACUGUGGUUGGUGCCAGUGCUGUUUCUGGCUUUUUUGCAGCUGCAUGUAGUCUGCCUUUUGAUUACGUGAAGACUCAGAUUCAGAAAAUGCAACCUGAUGCCAAUGGAAAAUAUCAAUAUUCAGGCUCUAUGGACUGUUUUGUUAAAACAUUCAAGGAUGGGGGGCCACUCAAAUUCUAUACAGGGUUUCCUGUUUACUGCGUUCGAAUUGCUCCCCAUGUCAUGAUGACAUGGAUAUUCUUGAACCAAAUUCAGAAGUUUGAAAAAUCAAUUGGAAUUUAAAGUUGUAUUUGCUUGAGAACAUUAGCUCAGUUUUGUCUCCAAUAAUAGGGAACAGUUAUACCUGAUUGAAUUCUUUCUCCAUUCCCUGUCAUUAGCAUUGCCUUUUUGGUUCACAUGGAGAGCCUCAUUUUUUAGUUUCUAGUAUAUGGCCCUUGAUCUUAGUUUGCAAAUGCAGCUUCUUUGCCACAGAGUUAACUUAUCAAAGGUAACCAGCUUUUUGACGUUAGUUUGAAUAAAACAUUUUCCAGUGACGUGCUUGCGAAGGACUUGGUCCAAAAGACGAAACCAUGGUUUCAUCAUUUGCUGGCAAACACAUACCUUGGAAAAGAAAAUUUUGAAUAAAUUAUCGAUUCAGACAAAUGAUGCCAAACUGGGGUCUGCUGGUUUUAAACAAAUGAUUAACUUCAUAUUUUAGUUGUUCAAAUUGUCAAUCGUCAUGAUGAGGCCAAAGUAUGUAAGUGAAUCCACGAUUCUUUUCAAUUUCGUAGAAUGUUACUUAUGCACGAAUUUCUUGUGCCUCUUUCUAAGGCACAUUUGAAUGACAAUGUUUUUAUUGCUGUCAAGUAGGAAGCAUAAGAAGUUGAGAAAUAUUAAAUCAAAUUUAAGUUGGAACUAUGUAAAAAAGAUAAGUAAAAAAUCAACUCAAUGCUAUGUGAUCCGGUGUCAUCUUUCA